AUGAUCCUCAACCGCCUUUCCGACGGUCCAUCACAGAUCCUUUCUCCUCCCCAGGAACACGCCUUCGCUCAGCUCCCCUCUCAGUCUCUAUUGAGCCAACCCGGACACUUCAACAGCUACCCUGCUAGCGCUGGCUCUCUUUUCGCCAAUAGUGACUCAACAAAGCCCACCUCGAGCACCAGCUUUGCCUCAUCCUCCAUUGCCCCGAAGCCUUCUCGCAAGAGAUCGCGUGACCAAUUCGUUGAAGAGGUCCCCAUAUGUAAUGUUCCAAUUCGACCUACCACGGUUACUAAAGAGAAGCCCAUCUAUGGCGAGGGUAUAACCCUUCUCAACCCUCAGACGGGGAUCGCUCUCUCCGCUAAAAACCAAAGUGGCACUUGGUUUGAAGAGACUACUAAGUCGCAAGCGGUCCCAGCCUCUUCACUGUCAACAACCAAUCAUUCUGAUGCUGCCGAUAUCAGCCGCAAGGCCCAGCGUCUUGAUAAUUCUGCACCCGGUCUUGACGAGAUCGCACUCGCCUCAAUGACUCAGCGCCUUGAUGGCCCCGAUAUGGAUCAACAUCGCACCAUCAAUGGUGCAUCUACGCCACCCACCGAGCCUCUCGUGGACGAUGCCACCCUCCUUCUGGGCAUUAGCUGGCAGCGUAUCGACAUGGACGGUGACAUGGCCCCUGCCGUCCGUGGUUGGAUCAAGUACAUCGAUAACCAGUAUUCGGCCCACCUGCGUAACUCGCAGAUGCUCAUGAAAAGCCGCGCUCUGAAUGCCUACCUAGUCGCCGCGACGCCUAUUUCCUCCUCUGCACCGGCCUUCUACCUUUUCAGCGAAGACCUCACUCAGGCUCAAUGCGUGGCUUCUUCUUGGGAAGCAUGCCUGCACAACCUUCGUAACACACCCAUUCUUUUCGAGGGUGCUCCUCUGACUGCUGCAUGCCUAUCCAGCGCGCAGCAGAUCCCUAACUUGUUCACUUCCAACGUGGACGCCGGCGUUCCCCUCCUCCAGCAAGCUAUUUCGAGCCACUCACACUUGCCCAACUCAACAUUAGGACUGAACGGAAGCGUAGGAAUGGGAAUGGAAAUCGACUCAUGA